UUCAUUUCUUACACCUCCAAGGUGCAUAUUGCCAGGAUACAAAGCACUUCUGCAGAGACUGCUGUAACUGCAAGAGCCGGUAGUAUCAAACAAAACAAGUCAGCGGACGAAUAUGCGGACAAGAGCAAGGGACCAACUUGGCAGCACAUGAAUUCUUCCGUCUAGCCAGCCGUCCAUCUCUACACCACCAUCGAGAUGUCCACAGAGCGGACCCGCGUCCUAGUGACCGGCGGCUGCGGCUUCCUGGGCACAGAGAUUGUCGCCGCGCUCCUGGCCACGAGGCGCUAUGACAUCACGGCCAUUGACAUCAACCCGCCGGCCCUGGGUACCGCCACAUUCACCCAGGAUGUGCGGUACUUCCGCGCCAAUGUACUCGAUCGCGAUGCUCUCCAGAAGGUCUUUGAUGAGGCGAAGCCUGCUAUGGUGGUUCACACGGUGGGUGUGUAUCGCUUGGGCACCGCGCGGUACUCGACGAAGAACAAGGAGGGUGAGUUUACUGUGAAUGUCGAGGGCACGAGGAAUGUGCUCGAUGCGAGCAAAGAGUGUGGUGCAAAGGGACUAGUGUAUACGAGCAGUGUUACAGUGGUGUUGGAUGAGCUGGGCAAGGACUUUAAGAACGUGGAUGAGGAGUGGCCGACGGGCAGGGCAACGACGAGUUAUGGACAGAGCAAGACGCUCGCCGAAAACCUCGUCCUCGCAUCCUCUACCCGCUCGCGCUCUUUCGCAACCUGCUCGCUGCGCAGCGCGCCCAUAUUCGGGCCCAGCGACCCCACCGUGAUACCCAGCAUCCACGCGUGCAUCCCGUACCAAACGCCCUUCAUCCUGGGCGACUCGGGGCGCAACCUGCAGGACUACGUGUACGUCAGCAACGUGGCAGACGCGCACGUGCUGGCGGUGGGGAACCUGCUGGGCGCGCAGACGGCGGCGGGGGAGGCGUUUUUCAUCUCCAACGGCGAGCCUGUGCCGCUGCGGAAUCUGUGUGUGGCGAUUUGGCGCGAGUUUGGACACGUGCCGCGGUUCGAGGUCGGUGUGCCCGAGGGUGUGGCGUGGUGGGUGGGGCUUGGUGCCGAGGCGGUUGAGUGGGCGACUGGCGUCGAGUCCGGGCUGAGCAGGGGCGUUGUGGAUGAUGCGUGCAGAGACCGCUAUGUGAGCUGCCACAAGGCGAUGAGGAUUUUGCGGUACCGACCGAGGGUUGGGCUGGACGAGGGGAUACGGCGGAGCUGUGCGUGGUAUCGGGGCGUGUUAGCGCGGCGGGGAGUCAGGAGGGAGAAUGAUGGGUGGUCGUGAGACGUGGUUGUGAUUAGAUAUUGACAAAAUAUGUGCGAGGAGGAAGCAAUACUCGGAAGUGUGAAAGAGAGCAAACAGCUUGCUGGUAGAAGAUGACUU